AUGAACGGAAUCGCCCAUCACACUCGCCUUUGCGGGUCCAGGUUACUCUCACGUUCACCUCACAUCAGCACCGCUGCUUUCAUCAACGCGCCUUCAAUAAGCCUGAGUUUACAGAAGCAAUGGACAAGCAGUCAAUCAUGCAGCAAGAAAACACCCUGCCAAAAGUCGCCUCCUCUCUCCGCGACAUCCGCUGCCUUCUGGAGCUCUAGGCCGACAUGGAAUCGAGCUUCUGUCAACACCUUGCGCUGUCUCGUUGGCUGCACGUUGGGUGACUUCACAGCCAUGUGGUUGUUGCAAGCCUACUACCCGGACCUUGGCAUGGGAGUCGUAAUGCCAAUUUCCAUGGCUUCUGGCAUCUCUAGCUCCAUCCUCUUGGAGACCAUCAUGCUUCGUAUCGGCCGUGAUGGAUUGUCAUGGCUCACAGCUGCAAAGACGGCCAUCGGCAUGAGCUUCAUAUCAAUGAUCACAAUGGAGGCAGCCGAGAAUGCAGUUGACUACUACCUCACCGGCGGAAAUGUCUCCCUCAACGACCCUGCGUUCUGGCUCGCUGCUGGCCUGUCUAUAAUUGCUGGCUUCUUUGCCCCUCUUCCAUACAACUACAUACGCCUACGAAAGUAUGGAAAGGCUUGUCACUGA